UGUCAAUAAAAAUCCAAACGUUAAAAUUCUACAGUCCGAAGAGGGUUUUAGAGCGAAGAGAAAACUAAAUUAAAAAUGAGGUUCGGCCGCGCGUUGAAGAUUGCUCCGAUUACGCUUCUUCUGCUGAUCAUUUUCACAUUUGCGAGUGCCAAGAAGUCAGGCGAUGUGACCGAGCUACAGAUCGGGGUCAAGCAUAAACCCAAACCAUGUGAAUUUCAAGCUCACAAAGGUGAUAGAAUCAAAGUACACUAUCGGGGGAAACUAACUGAUGAAACUGUUUUCGAUUCGAGUUUCGAAAUGGGUGACCCAAUUGAGUUUGAACUUGGUAGUGGUCUAGUAAUCAAAGGAUGGGACCAAGGACUACUGGGGAUGUGCGUCGGUGAAAAGCGGAAGUUGAAAAUUCCUGCAAAGCUUGGUUAUGGUGAACUUGGUUCACCACCUAAAAUACCUGGCGGGGCAACACUGAUAUUUGAAACAGAGCUUAUUGCAGUCAAUGGGAAGCCAUCAAGCGGAGGAGAAACAAACACAAGUGAAGAUGGCUAUAAUAAUUGAUAAUAGUCUCCGGUU